ACACGAUCGUCUGGCAGAAGAGUCGGUUUGUCGCAGCAGCUCACAGCUCCGGUCAGAAUCGUUUCAACCUUCGUCGGAGUAACAGCAACAAUCCGGUACGCUCUCUUCCUGUGCGCCACCGGUUUUGGUUCUUUUGAAAAGAGUUUCAAGAUUCGGUACGAGACUUUGAUUUGCAUCGGCUUACUGUCACCGGCAUAUCGGUAUCCGGUUCAACUUCCGAGGUGUCGUGAUUGAUUGGUAUCGAGCUCGGUACAGGAAAGUGAAAGUGCAUCGCUGAUUCAAAACGUGAAAAAAACUGGAAAAAUGAUUUAGAAAGGGGAUUAAGUGCUCAUCAGAAGAAAUAUUUUGUGCCUUUGAAAAACAUACAAGAAGGUUGUGAUUUUAAGAACGCACGGAUUCAAGUGAUUUCAAGUGAAAGCAGAGAAUCGCUGAAAAAAAAAACUCAUCGGAGAAAACAAUAAACAAAAGACAGUGUGCAUAUAAUUCCCACUGUGGAUACUCUACUUAAGUACAAAUUCAAAACAAUGGUUACCGGACUUGGAACGGCAGCCCAACAGGUUGGCGGUAUGCCGACCACCUCGCAGAUUUCAUCGGCUGAGCAGCCGGUGGUCAAACGGCCCAGCGAUAAUCGAAGAAGUAAUAAACCGAUUAUGGAAAAACGUCGCCGAGCUCGGAUCAAUAACUGUUUGAACGAGCUGAAGACUCUCAUCCUGGAUGCCAUGAAAAAAGACCCAGCUCGCCAUUCCAAAUUGGAAAAGGCUGACAUCCUAGAAAUGACCGUGAAACAUUUGGAAAAUCUGCAGCGACAGCAAAAUGCUAUGUCACAGGCGACAGAUCCAAAUGUUAUGAACAAGUUCAAAGCUGGAUUCAACGAGUGCGCCCAGGAAGUUAGCAGGUUUCCGGAUAUUGAUCCAAUGACCCGCCGGCGUUUGUUAGCUCAUUUGAGCAACUGUAUCAAUGGAGUCAAAUCUGAUCUUCCAAAAUCACGUCAAUCGGCAGUCCAAGUGCACAUUUUGCCAUCGCCUCCCAGUUCACCAGAGCAAGAUCAUCAUCCUCAACCUCAUCCAGCUCAGAUCAACGCAGUGCAGACCGGUAACGGAGUGUACUUCACUAAUAGUAUCGGAUCCAGCGUUCAGUUGAUCCCUACUAAACUUCCGAACGGAAGCAUGGCUUUUGUUCUGCCGCAAGCCAUUUCUGCAGCGACAGCUCCUGUUCCAAUGCUAGUUCCGAUUCCCAGUCGUACUGCAUCUACCGGCUCAGCAGCAUCCAGCCAUUCGUCUUCGUCCGCGUACGAUCGAGUUCCCCAAGAACACUCUACCUCGCCAUAUCACGCACCACCAAGUCCAGCCAACUCUAACUAUGAACCCAUGGACUGCAAACCCUCAGUUUUCCAAGAGCAACAGCAAUACCUCCACUCGCAACAGAUGCGGUACCAGCAACAGCAACCUCAGUCCCAAUCGAGAGCCUACAGUCCCGACAGUCCGUUAUCCUUGGUCAUGAAAAAACCCUACCAUGAUCAGAACCAAGACGAUGACAAACCUUGGAGACCGUGGUAAUCUCAUCGUUCGCGUAUUAUCCGCACAUCGAGUCAUUAAACAAUUAGUACCUUAACACCCCACCAGAGCUGUGUGGCAGCAUCCGGAAGUGUACACAAAUAGCAACGGCUCGUGUACACGAGCCGCAGUGAACCGACUGAAAGCCGUAGACUUCGUCAUCGCAGUCGUCAAGCUCAUACAAAGUAGUGCCCGCCCUUCCGAUUCACGUUCAGCCAUAGCUACCGCCGCUGUUCACGUAAAUCAUCGAGUGCGCUGAAAUAGUUGAAAUAGCACCGCUCUCUCAACUCUGCACCACACCGACUAAAUGACUACAAUGUAGAUCUGUGGGAAGAGAGGGUGAGCAGGACAGCAGUGCGAGAGAACGUGGUGAAGACGAAACGCGCCAAAGGGUCACGAGUGUCGCACUUGCUUGCCGCUUUCCCACACUCAUUAUACGGCCCUGGCUCUAGCGCAAAGGCCCGACCAAAGUGUGUCUACGUUAGAAUGUGUGUGAAUGACUGUUCGGUGAAGAUCGUGCCAAUAGAAUCUAGUGAGUGAUCGUGGAGGCGGGAAACGACAAGCAACGAGUAGCAGCACUACAAAAUUGUGAGCUCGCUACAAAGUGUGAGAUUGAAACCGCGCAAAGAGACUGAAACUGCGAGGAAGCGCACAACCACCGAAAGUAAAAAGAAGAAGAUCGCGGCACGAGGCAAAAUUUAUUUUUACUUUCGGGAGAAUAAAUUUUUAUCACUCUCGGCUUUCGGCGCGGUGGUCGCUAGUGGCGGUGCGGUAAUUGUGCGCGCGUGUUUGCUCCAAGAAUGCAAUACCCUAUUAUUCGCUCGCAAAACGUGUGGCCUACUGUGCUCAUCGAUCUCCACCCUGGACGAAUGACGCGUUCGGGUCACUAGUCAUCUACGGUUUUCUUAUGAGAUCGUUCACACCUGGUGGUGGUGGCAUCUCACAAAGCAUGAAUGCAUAAACAAAAAGAAAGUAUAAACGAAACCCGCACAAACUCAGCUGAAAAGUUGGAGAAUUUGGUGGAAUCCUGUUGCUGUGAAUAAUGUGUAAGGCCUUAGUGUGAUAAGCAAUUUGAAAAGUUACAAAACAAUAAUCGACGAGUUCAAAACUUUGCUAAACUAGAAGACAAAAAGAGCAGUGAAUCCCUUUAGAAUGCAAUCGCGAGGAAACCAUCCCACUGCGCCUGUAGUAAAUAUGUGGAAGUGCGUGUAUUGCAUUAGUCAAAGUCGAGGACCGCGAACAAUCAUGUGAUUAGCUUCUUGAAGUUUUAUUUUAAGAUCGUCCCAAUCCAUCUUUCGUUCAUCCAUCUUUUUUCAUCCUCUUCUUGCUAUUUUUGUCUUUCAUUCAGUUCAUCUCAUGCAAAAAUCCUGUAAAUAUUAUAAUUUUCGUUUAAGUUCGACACCCAGAACAAGCGAGUGCGACAAAAAUCACAAACGUCUUCCAUUAGAUAGCUACGCUUGCGAUGUGUGGUACAAAACCAAUUAAGGAAUCCCACAAUCAAUUUGAGCGAAGUAACGAUAGGGUCGCCAGUCAAGUGAGUUUUAUAUUCCCACUUUUAUUUCCACCGGAUUCGUUCGCGGUAGUCAUACACAAGUAGCCAAGAGUGAGAAAAGCGAAUAAAUUAUUCAUCAGAUCGUGUACAUAGUUUUUUUUAGAAACGAUAUUGUAUGUCAAACCUUUUCCGUUUCGAUUAGAACCCACGUUUCAAACUGAAAUAGUGACAAGCAAAGCGAUAGGCAUUAUUAUUUAUACGAGGGUAACACCACUACAAAUUUGAUAAUAAGGCAUAAGCAAUCCUAAUCUAAUAGAUGUAUGAUACAAAGAGAGAGCGUUGUAAAAG